CUCUAGUCACGCUCAUUGUUGAUGUUACUGAUUGUUGAAGACUUGUUACAAUUUUACAAUUGCAUGUUUCUUUUGAUCCUCUAGCAUUAUUCCUUUCUUUGGAAAUAUCGAUUCCCUUUUUUUCCCCCUCAUUUAAUAUUAAAACUUCAAAACUCCUGACUAAACAGAUAACAAGGAGUCCCAGCUGUGGUGUAACUGUUAACAGGAUCCAGAAAUAGACUUUUCUGUUUUCAUCAAAUAAGCUCUCAUACUGUCUAUGGGAUGAAUGGAAAACAGUACUUAUCCCCCAUAUUUUGACCUCACCAUGUUUGUGAACAUAGGCAACUACUGUUACCCAGUGUUUGUCUUGUGUUUUCUGUUGUAUGCUUUUAUUAUCUCAGCUAAUCUUGUGAUUAUAGUGGUAAUAUCACGGGAGCGCACGUUACAUGAGCCCAUGUACAUUUUUAUUAUGUGUCUUUCUGUUAACUCUCUAUACGGCUCUGCUGGUUUCUUCAUCAGAUUUCUGAGAGAUCUUCUGUCUGAUACUCAUUUGAUCUCACGAGCAGCUUGUUUUACUCAGAUCUAUGUCAUUUACACCUAUGCAUCCUAUGAACUCACGCUUUUAGGUAUUAUGGCUUAUGACCGGUAUGUUGCUGUAUGUCAACCUUUACGUUACCACAACAAAAUAACUCCCAAGCUAGUCUCUAAGCUUGUAGCCUUUGCAUGGAUCUAUCCAGCCUUUUCUGUGACAGCCUGUGUUUAUCUGGCCUCCAGACUUCCACUGUGUGGAAACAAGAUACCAAAGGUGUUCUGUGCAAACUGGCCUGUUGUAAAACUGUCAUGUGUCAGUACUGCGGUUAAUAAUCUUAUUGGCAUGCUUGUGUCCACAAGCACAGUCUUUCUGCCUCUCUUUUUUGUCCUGUACACAUAUGCAAGGAUUUUCCUCAUUUGUAGGAAACGCUCUUCAGAGUUCAGAGGUAAAGUCAUACAAAGCUGUCUGCCACACAUUAUUACAUUUGUCAGUUAUUCUGUAACUGUGUUUUGUGAUGUUGCUCUCAGCAGAAUUGAUCUUGAGGAUCUUAAUCCAUUUCUAGCUGUAAUCUUAUCACUUGAGUUUGUUGUGAUUCCUCCCAUUGUGAAUCCUCUUGUGUAUGGCCUGAAGUUACCUGAAAUUAGAAAACUUAUUUUAAGAAUGUUAUCACAGUCAAAACCUGACAUAUAAACUAAUCCUCUGAAAUGGGAUUAACCCAUGCUUCAUAAGUAAGUGGUUUUAUCAAGAGUUUUUCAUCAUUACUUUAAAUUUCUGGCUGCAGUGAAGAUGUGUUACACAAAAGGUGAAUUCUAUGUUUUAAUCUGUCACUGAAAUAAGUUGUAGAGUUGCAAGACAUGUUAAUUAGGUUAGUUGGCCAAGGUGUCAAUGUGUGUGUCUGUGAAUGAUUGUUUAUCUCAAGGUAUAAACUGGUGGUGUGUUCAGGUUGUACCCCACCACUCGCUCAAUGUCAGCUGGGAUUGUU